CUGUGGCGGGGGCUGACAUGGCCCCCCCUGACCCAGGGGCGGGAGCUGACCUGGGGGAUAUAAAGCAGUCCCCAAGGGGUGACCCACAGCCCCGCACCCCCAGAGUCCUGCCCAGGUGACCGUCCUGCUGAGAUGAAGGUGUUGGUGAGCGCUCUGGUGCUGCUCUGUGCCGGCAGCCUCCAGGCCGCCAUGGUGCGGCGUGAGGCCAAGGAAGCCCCGCCGGCUGUCGAUGACUUCUUCACCCGCCACUUCCAAACCUUCUCCGAGUUCGUCACCAAGGAUCUGCCCCAGAAGUUCCAAGCAGAGGAGCUGCGCAGCCAGGCUGAGGCUUAUCUGGACCGGGCCAAUAAGCAGCUGACACCGCUGGCCCAGGAGCUGCAGAGCAACGUGCUCGGCCUCUUCUCCUCCCUGCUGGAUUUCGGCAAGGUCAAGGAGCAGCCCUGAGCCCCCCAACGCCGCCCCUGUCUGUGUGUCCCCCACCUCAUCACCCUGUCAUAAUAAAACCCCUGGAGCC